GUUAAAGAGAAAUCAAUCUGUAAUUCAAUAUGAUCUUAUCGAGGGGGAAAAACGAUUCAGCAAAUUCAAGGCAUACGUCAGCCAACAAUUAUUCAAAGAAAAAUUUACCUCAAUUCGAAGAUUUUAUUCUUCAAAGAGAUUAUACAGGUGGAAGAGCCUUUCUUGAAUUUUCGAACGAUGAAAAUGAAGACCAAAUAAAUUUAAGGGACCAAUGGAUAGCAUUUUGUAGUUUUCAUUUAGGAGAUUAUCAACAGGCCCUAGAACAAUAUUUAAAAUUAAAAAAUAUUGAUCCAACUAUUAAGGAUAUUAAAUUAAAUAUAGCUGUAUGCAUGUUCUAUUUGGGAAUGUAUGAAGAAGCAUAUAGUUUAAUGGAAGAAAUACCAAAUACAGGAUUAAAAAUACGAUUAUUAUUCCAUUUAGCACAUAAAUUGGAUCGUGAAGAAGAAUUAAUGGAAUUACAUGAAUCACUUAAAGAUGAUGUUAAAGAUGCAUUAAGUUUAGCUUGUUUGCAUUAUUUAAGAGCACAUUAUCAAGAAGCUAUUGAUAUAUAUAAAAGGAUAUUGUUGGAUAAUAAAGAAUUUCUUGCUCUCAAUGUAUAUUUAGCAUUGUGUUUCUACAAGCUCGAUUAUUAUGAUAUGUCUCAAGAAGUUCUUGAUAUUUAUUUGAAUCAACAUCCUGAUAGUACAAUUGCUAUUAAUUUAAAAGCAUGUAAUCGAUUUCGUUUAUUUAAUGGUAGAGUUGCUGAACAGGAAAUCAAUAAUAUUGCUGACAAUGGAACAUUUGGUGCUGAUUUAAUUAAACAUAAUUUAGUGGUUUUUCGUAAUGGUGAAGGUGCAUUACAAACAUUUCCAUCAUUAUUAAAUAUUGUACCGGAAGCACGUUUAAAUUUAGCAAUAUUUCAUUUAAAACGUAAUAAUAUACAGGAAGCUCAUAGUUUAAUGAAACAAGUUGAACCAACUGUUCCACAUGAAUAUAUACUUAAAGGUGUUGUACAUGCUGCCUUAGGACAACAACUUGGAUCAAAAGAGCACUUAAAAACAGCACAACAAAAUCUACAUUUAGUUGGAAGUUCAGCAUCAGAGUGCGAUACAAUACCCGGACGUCAAAGUAUGGCAUCAGCUUUCUUUCUAUAUGGUCAAUUCGAAGAAGUUUUAGUAUAUUUAAAUUCGAUACGUAGCUAUUUUAUAAAUGAUGAUACAUUUAAUUUUAAUUAUGCACAAGCAAAAGCUGCCACAGGUUAUUAUAAAGAAGCUGAAGAAUUAUUUGUACAAAUAAAUGAUUUAGAUAUAAGAAAUUCACACACAUAUUGUAUGAUAUUAGCUCGAUGUCAUAUAAAUGCUGGGCAUCCAGAACAAGCCUGGAAUUUAUUUGUAACAAGAGAUACAAAUUCAGAAGCAUUUGUAUUAUUACAAUUGAUUGCAAAUGAUUGUUAUAAAUGUGAAGAAUUUUGGGUGGCUGCGAAAGCAUUCGAUAUGCUAGAGAAAUUAGAUCCGAGUCCAGAAAAUUGGGAAGGUAAACGUGGUGCAUGUGCUGGUGUUUUAUAUGCUAUGGUAUCUGAUGCGAAAAAAGGUAAACCACCAAAUGGUAUCGGUGAUGUUAUAUCGUUAUUAAGAGAUUCAGAUAAUCAACAAGCUGAAUCAAUGCUGAAAACUAUACGGAAACAUGCAUCAAUUUUUAAAUAAGUGCAAAUUUCCGUCUUAAAU